AUGGAGGUCCGACCAGAUAGAUUUAAGGCGGUCGCGGCGAAAACGCUUGGAAGAGUUCACAGAAUCCUAGAGAAGCGUCAGGAGAAUGGCGAGACAAUCGAACUCUCCUCAGAGGGCCGGCCGGAGAUGGUUGAGGAGAAGGAACUGCCUGUGGUGGACUGCACCUGCUUCGGGUUGCCACGGCGAUACAUCAUCGCCAUCCUGUCCGGUAUCGGCUUCUGCAUUUCAUUCGGCAUCCGCUGCAACCUAGGCGUGGCCAUCGUCAGCAUGGUCAAUAACCACACCAUCUACAGGGACAACAGGGCCAUUAAUGUGAAAGCUCAGUUCACGUGGGAUCCCGAGACGGUAGGAAUGAUCCACGGCUCUUUUUUUUGGGGUUACAUCGUCACUCAGAUCCCUGGUGGCUUCAUCUGCCAGAAAUUUGCUGCCAACAGAGUUUUUGGUUUUGCAAUCGUUGCCACUUCAACACUGAACAUGCUGAUUCCCAGCGCGGCCCGAAUUCACUUCGGCUGUGUCAUCAUGGUCCGAAUACUCCAGGGACUUGUGGAGGGUGUGUCUUACCCAGCAUGUCACGGGAUAUGGGCAAAAUGGGCCCCGCCCCUUGAGAGAAGUCGAUUGGCUACGACAGCCUUCUGUGGUUCAUAUGCGGGUGCUGUCAUAGCUAUGCCUCUAGCUGGUGUGUUGGUCCAGUACACUGGCUGGUCAUCCGUCUUCUAUGUGUAUGGGAGUUUCGGCGUGUGCUGGUAUCUCUUUUGGGUCCUGGUGUCUUAUGAGAGUCCUGCAGCCCAUCCAACCAUUACUCCAGAGGAGAGACAAUACAUUGAAGAGGCGAUCGGAGAAUCAGCAGGGCUCGUCAACCCGCUGCAGAAAUUUAACACGCCGUGGAGGAAGUUUUUCACCUCCAUGCCUGUGUACGCCAUCAUCGUGGCCAAUUUCUGCCGCAGCUGGACCUUCUACCUGCUCCUCAUCAGCCAGCCUGCCUACUUUGAGGAGGUGUUUGGCUUUGAGAUCAGCAAAGUGGGCAUUCUGUCUGCCCUUCCUCACCUGGUGAUGACCAUCAUUGUGCCGAUUGGAGGGCAGCUGGCUGACUACUUAAGGUCUAACAACAUUAUGACCACCACCAACGUCAGAAAACUCAUGAACUGCGGAGGCUUUGGUAUGGAGGCCACGUUUCUUCUGGUGGUUGGUUAUUCCCACACCAAAGGCGUUGCCAUCUCCUUCCUCGUUCUGGCAGUUGGCUUCAGUGGAUUUGCUAUAUCAGGGUUUAAUGUAAAUCAUUUGGACAUAGCUCCCCGUUAUGCCAGUAUCCUGAUGGGAAUUUCUAAUGGUGUGGGGACCCUGUCUGGCAUGGUGUGUCCUCUCAUUGUUGGUGCCAUGACAAAGCACAAGACACGGGAGGAAUGGCAGUAUGUUUUUCUCAUUGCUUCUCUUGUUCACUAUGGCGGUGUUAUCUUCUAUGGGAUUUUUGCAUCAGGGGAGAAACAGUCAUGGGCGGAGCCUGAGACCACUAGUGAAGAGAAGUGUGGCAUUCUGGGAGAAGAUGAGCUGGCCAAUGAAACAGAAGAGUUGUACAGAACAGACGGCGGGGGUUAUGGAGCGAUGAACCAGCAGGUCGACCCAAAUGGAUGUGGAGUGGGAGGCGGGGGGACAGGGGGCUGGGUCUCCGACUGGGACAAAACAGAAGAGUACGUCCAACCAGCAGGAACAAACAGCUACCUCUACGGAGGAGAGGACGACCGAGAGCUGACAUAG